AUGUAGCAACGAAUUCCUUCUUGCCCUUCACUUUUGUUUUCUUUACAACCUGUUCCCCUUUUGGAAAAGUUGCACUAAAGUGAUUAGACAUUUCUAUCCCAAAAAAAAUAAUAAAAUCAAAACUCACUACUUAGUUUUUUCUUUUUUUUUUCAAUUUAUUCAUAUUGAAAUUUGAUUAAAUUAAAUUUACACAUACAAAACUUAUUUCUAGGAGUGAUCCUUCUAAUAAGGUUUGGUCUACACUCAAGACUCGAAUAUAAGACCUCUAUUAAGGACGGAAGAAUUUCUACCAUCCCAACACAAUCAGUGUUAGUAUCCCAUCAGCUUCCUUAUUAAAAAACCUUUCUUUUACUUUAGUAAUUUCAUGGAUCCAAAGUAAGGAACAAAAAGUGUCUAAUUAGAUAUCAAGAACUCUUUUCUCUCAAUCUCCAUCUCUCUCAAUCUUUCAAAUUUCUUAAGAGAAGAAAAAGCUCAAGAAAAUCAAGAAUGGCAUUAAGUAGUAAUGUCAUAGGGUGCAUUAACUUUGUAGCCAUGCUUCUUUCAAUUCCAGUAAUUGGUGCUGGAAUUUGGCUAGCAAUGGAACCUGACAAUUCUUGUGUCAAGAUUCUACAAUGGCCAGUUAUUAUAUUGGGUGUUCUCAUUUUGGUUGUAGCACUUGCUGGUUUUAUCGGUGGAUUUUGGAGGAUUCCAGCACUAUUAAUUUUCUACCUCAUUGCUAUGCUUAUUCUAAUAAUUUUGCUAGCAUGUUUGGUAGUAUUUAUUUAUAUGGUUACUAUUAGAGGUUCUGGUCAUAUGGAACCAAGUAGGACAUAUUUGGAAUAUCAUCUUGAGGAUUAUUCUGGUUGGCUUAGAAGAAGAGUUCAAAGUCCAUUCAAGUGGGAUAGAAUUAGAAGUUGUCUUAGCUCUACAUCAAUGUGUGCUCAAUUGAAUCAGAGUUAUAAGAUGGCUCAAGAUUUCUUUAAUGCCCCUUUAACCCCUUUGCAGUCAGGGUGUUGUAAGCCGCCAACACAAUGUGGGUACACAUUUGUGAACCCAACAUAUUGGAUUAGUCCAAUUAACAAUGCAGCAGACAUGGAUUGCCUUAAUUGGAACAAUGACCAAACACAACUUUGCUACUCUUGUGAUUCUUGCAAAGCUGGAUUAUUGGCUAAUUUAAAGAAAGAAUGGAGAAGGGCUGAUAUUAUUCUGCUUAUAACUCUUGUUGGUUUGAUUUGGGUUUAUUUGAUUGGGUGUUGUGCUUUUAGAAAUGCUAAAACUGAAGAAAUAUUCCGCAAGUACAAGCAAGGUUAUGCUGAUACUUGAUUAGGUUAUAUUAUGAACAGCGACAGAUUCAAGAUCUUGACUCGUGAUGUGAUCAUAAUAUAAUAUAUGUAUGCUGCUUUAAUAUUUUUCAUUUUGUUAUUAGUAUACAUAUAUUGAAUCGAAAAUAGUGGGUUCAGCUGAACAUGCCCUAGA